AUGACGGAAAAACGAGCCAACGAAAGCACAGGCGACAACAACAACAAUAACAGUGCGGUGGCGACUGCUCCAGACACCAAGAAACGCCGAGUCAUUCGAGCGUGCGACGAGUGUCGGAAGAAGAAGGUCAAAUGUGAUGGACAGCAACCGUGUAUCCAUUGCACAGUGUACUCGUUCAAAUGCACGUACGACCAGCCGCCACGACGCAAAAAGGUUCCGGAUAACGCGGAGAAAAGCAAGGUCAGCGAAACGAUUCUCGCCCAUCUUUUCCCGGACGUGGACUUCUACUCGGCCGACUUUUCGCUGGACGACUUUGUGUCGCGUGCCCAGUACCUGAGUCAAUCGGGCGUCAAUCUUGUAGACAUGCUGGGGCUCAAACAGGGUGCCAACAACGGCACCCCUCUUCCCAACAUCAACAGACUGGUCAAAUCACCCAGCUCGUCGUCCCCCGGUAUGCUAGGCCAGGAGUUUCGAAUCAUUCUGCCUCCCAAACAUGUGGCUUCACAUCUUAUAGAGUCGGUGUGGAACCACAGUUGUGUGCUGUACCGGUUCUACCAUCGUCCCACAUUUAUCAGAGACCUGGACUUGCUGUACGACACAGACCCCGAAGACUACACCGACCAACAAAGCAAGAUUCUGCCCCUGGUGUACUCUGUGAUGGCAGUUGGAGUGCUGUUUAGCAUGGACAAGUGUGAACAGCUCGGUUUCAAGGACGCUUCGGAGGGAUAUAAGUACUUCGUGGCAGCCAGACGGCUCGUGGACAUUGCGGACGCACGGGAAAUGUACGCCAUGCAAAGUAUUGUCAUGAUGGUCAUGUUUCUGCAAUGCAGUGCUCGGCUGAGUACGUGCUACGCGUACAUUGGAGUGGCUCUGAGAAGUGCUCUACGAGCCGGUCUGCAUCGAAAGGUGGCCCACAAUUUCAACCCCGUCGAGCUGGAAACACGAAAACGAAUGUUUUGGACCAUCUGGAAGAUGGAUAUUUAUGUCAACGCAAUGUUGGGUCUGCCGAGAGGUAUUCCCGAGGACGAGUUUGACCAGGAGAUUCCGCUGGAUUACGACGACGAGAAAAUCACAGAAGAUGGAUACUUUCCUCAAAAGGAGAACCAUUUGUCGAGUGCCAGCAUCGCCAACGCCCAUACUCGACUCAUGAUCAUUCUCUCACACGUCAUGAAGUACAUUUACCCUGUCAAGGGAGCCGACAAGGACAAGUCCGUGCAGCUUGGAAAGAGCAUGUUCGACAAGGUGACUCUGCUGGAGAAUGAGAUUAGAGACUGGCUUCGAAACCUGCCAGCCGAGCUGAAACCCGGCGCUAACCCCAAGCCCGAAUACUACAAGGCCAAUCGACUGCUUCAUAUUUCCUUCUGUCACGUUCAGAUUGUACUGUAUCGACCUUUUAUACACUAUUGCUCGCCCAAGUUCCAAAUCCCCGGUGUCAACGAGAAGGCGAAGGCAUGUGCUCGUUCGUGUAUCAACGUGGCUCGAACUGUCAUGUACAUUGCAGAUGAGUUGGUAUCCAACAAACUGCUCAACGGCGCGUACUGGUACUCCAUUUACACCAUCUUCUUCUCGGUGGCCUGCCUGGUGUUCUACGUGCAUGAGAAUCCCGACACCCUACAAUCUGAGCAGAUUCGCAGCGACGCCGAGCUUGGAAAGAACGCUCUCAUGAUUCUCAAGGACUCAUCCAUCUCCGCUGCUCGAACCUACAAGCUCUUGAACUCGCUGUUUGAGCAGCUCAAUCGCCGAACGGCCGGAAUGAAGCCCAUCGUCAGUGAAGAGGGUCCCGUCACACGAGUCGACACCACAGAUUUCAGCAACGUGGACGCAGGCGGCAACCAAGAGCUGCUCGACACUGAGCUGUUCAAGAAGAAAAAGCCUGUGGCUGGUCUGGAUCUUGGUGUCGGAGGCUCUGGAGGACUUGGAGGAGUAGGAGUAGGAGUAGGAGUUGGAGGUGUGGGAGGCGCCCCGGACAUCAGUCUCGGCACUUCUCCCAUCACCAGAGCGCAAGUACAGGGUGCAGGAGUAUCCCCUGUCGUCGGAGCUGGUGUCUCACCCGCCACUGGGGUGUCUCAACAAUCUACUCCCGUUCAAAUGAACACUGGGGUGUCUCCUGCUGGAGCUGAUAUCGGUAUGGGUGGCGAGCUUGGAGCCGACUUUGUGCCUCCUCUCAACCACGCCAUUCCCGUGUCUCAGCUGCCCACCAACGUGGGCUUCAAUGCGGACUCGUUUGGAGCCUUCAACGGCCUGCCUCUCACCUCGGAGGACAUCCCCAACGGGCCCGAAGAGACGUACGUGCCUGGAUUUAUGGACUCACUGGAAACCAAGGUCUUUGGUCGGUUCCUGCCUCCAUACAUGCUCAACGAAGGGGGCGGGUGUCAGACCAACCCCUCGGAGCAGGGCUCCAUGGACUUCAACAUCCCCGACGCACCCGUCUACUCCAACAACAACAUGGGCAAUCUGGAGGACACAAACUGGUCUGAGUUCUUUGACGACGACAAUCUGUUGUCGGGUAUCCCUAACUAUUCGCAGCAGUAA